UGUAAUAAGGGGGGCGAAGUGAUGGAAAAAUGAAAUCACACCAAAAAAAUUGUCCUUCAAGUACGGAACAUGAAAAUUAUAUGAAUAGAUUAGAUAUCACAACUAUAAAUACCGAUGAUCUUUUCCUGACUCGAGCAAGUAGCAGAUCAAAUUUGCAGAGAAUCAAUAUGAGAGGGUUAACUGAGUGUUUAGCGAUUCUGACACUGUUGGUUUCUUCCUGUGUGAUUAGUAAUGGAGCUGAUACGGAUUCACAGCUCUGCUCUACCAUAUUCCGCCAACUCAGUCCUUGUAUUCCUUACCUGACGAAAUCUGUCGUCUCCCCAUCCAAAAACUGUUGCGAUGGUGCAAAAUCUCUGGAGAAGUACGGCCGAACCAAGAAAGAUCGACAAGAUUUCUGCAUGUGUGUUAAGGCCCGCGCACAGUCGCUCAACGGCCUUGAUUUUUCUCGCGCUAAUCAGCUUCCAGACUUGUGUAAUUUGUCUGUGGAGCUCCCACAAAUGUCUCUUUCAUUCGAUUGUUCCAAGGCUUAACGGAAGAUCUGAGAGGAUCGGAAUAAAAGAUGGUGAAUCGUGUCUGUUGAGAGUUUAAACUAGAAGAUCUGAGAAGGUUGUUUGUGCUUCAUGUAUAUUAAUAAACGUUUUGGAAGGAAUAAUAAACUUGCAAUCCAUUUUCGGUUUCUCCA